AGCCUUUUGUUGGAGAAAUUGUUUUUUUAUUUUUCUAACAUAUUGUGGAUUUGGAAAGCAUGAACUGCUUUCCGUGUUGUGGCCCUCAAAAAAAUAAGAAGAGUGACAGCAUGAAAGAAAAUGAUUCUCCCACACAACAGGAGGCCACUUCUGAUAUGAAGAAACAAAGGGGGGAUGAGCAAAUCCAAGGAGACCCAAAUAACAUUAAUGCGCAUAAUUACACUUUUCGUGAGCUUGCAACAGCAACGAAGAAUUUUCGACAGGAAUGUCUCCUUGGUGAAGGAGGAUUUGGAAGAGUUUACAAAGGGGUUAUUCCUGCAACUGGACAGGUUGUGGCCGUGAAGCAACUCGACAGACAUGCGAUGGAAAACAGCAAGGAUUUUCUAUCUGAAAUUUCUCUGCUGAGUCUUGCUCACCAUGAGAAUCUUGUCAAUCUCAUUGGUUAUUGUGCUGAUGGCGAUCAACGUCUUUUGGUUUAUGAAUACUUUCCUGCCACUAAUCUUGAAGAACGUCUGCUUGAGAAUAAAAAGAAUGAACCACCAUUAAAUUGGUAUGAAAGAAUGAAAGUAGCAGCAGGUGCAUCGAAAGGAAUAGAAUACUUGCAUGACAGCGCCAAGCCCUCAAUUAUAUACCGUGACUUGAAAGCAGCUAACAUCUUAUUGGAUGGUGAUCUUAAUGUAAAACUAUAUGAUUUCGGAAUGGCAAAACUUUGUAGUGGAGACAAGAUGAACCAUGCACCUCCACGAGUUAUGGGUACAUAUGGUUAUUGUGCUCCUGAAUAUACAACAACCGGUCAAUUCUCCUUGAAAUCAGACGUAUACAGUUUCGGAGUUGUCAUGCUUGAACUUAUCACUGGUCGACGUGCCAUUGACACCACAAGAUCUAACGAAGAGCAAAAUCUAGUUUCAUGGGCACAACCCUUAUUCAGGGACCCGAAAAAAUAUCCAGAAAUGGCAGAUCCACUUCUGAAUAAACAUUUUCCAGAAAAGGAUCUCAACCAGGCUGUUGCAAUAGUAGCAAUGUGCUUACAAGAGGAACCAGAAGCUCGUCCUUGGAUCAGUGACGUUGUAACCGCUCUGAGUUUUCUUUCGACAGUUCCAGCAGAACCUAUUCCACCACCCUUGCGCCCCACUGCUACCUCUGUCUCUAAGCAUAGUGUUGCUACUGAAAGCGAAUACGAUAGUGAGACUGGAAGUGAAUCAGAAGGAGAAAGUUCAGAUGAUGCAGCAAGUUCCAAAAACAACGAAAAUAAUAUCUCAAGCCAAUCUCAAAAAAAGGUGUCUUCGAAGAAAUCAAGCCGAAAAAGCAGCUCGAGAUCAAGGAGUAAAACAAGCAGUAAAGAUUCAGCAGAUGAAAGUGCUUCUUCAAGUGGAAAAAGCAGUAAAAAAUGGCAAAGCUUUGUUGGUAAUAUAAGCCAAAAGACUAACAAAUCGAUAAAAUCUUCUAUCAAAGAAUUAAGUCAGAAGAGCAGUAAAAAAUCUUCAAGCAAAGAAAAAGGCCAGAAAAGCAGUAGGAAAUCUUCCAAAAGAGGUUUAAGCCAGAAAAGCAGUAGGAAAUCUUCCAAAAGAGGUUUAAGUGCAAAAUCUUCGGCAGAUGAAAGCAUGCUUUCAUAUCAAAGAACUGCCUCAUCAAGCCAAUAUACAAGCAGCCGUAUGUCUGAUCGUAGCAGCAGAAGAGGAAGUGGAAGUGUUUGCUCGGACAUUAACGGUAGCAGAAGGAUAGAAGAAUGA